AUGGCUCCUCCAGGCCGCCGGAGAGCGCAUCUCUCACCCGCAACCAUUCUUCUUGGCCUCGUCUUCCUCUUCUCUGCGACCGCCUCCGCCGCAUCAGCAGUCCUAGGUAUCGACCUAGGAACCGAAUACAUCAAAGCUGCGCUUGUCAAGCCCGGCAUCCCCCUCGAGAUCGUCCUCACCAAAGACUCGAAACGCAAAGAAACCUCGGCCGUCGCUUUCAAGCCCUCCAAGAGCGGGGCUCUCCCCGCAGGCUCCUUCCCCGAGCGCUUCUACGGCUCCGAUGCCAUCGCACUACAGGCCAGAUUCCCAGGCGACAUAUACCCGAACCUGAAGCACCUUCUAGGUGUACAGAGGGAGAGCGAUGUUGUCAGUACAUACACAGAGCGAUAUCCUGCGCUCCAGGUUACGGGCACAGAGGGACGCAAGACGGUUAGCUUCAAGAGCGAUGUAUUCGCAGCUGAGGAAGAGAAAUCUUUCUCCGUUGAAGAACUACUGGCUAUGGAACUCAAGAACGUGAGGGAGAAUGCAAAGGCGCUAGCAGGCAGAGGUUAUGAUAUCCAGGAUGCUGUAUUCACAGUCCCAUCAUUCUACACAGUCGAGGAAAGACGCGCGCUCGAGGUCGCGGCACGAUUGGCAGGCAUGAAGGUCCUCAGCGUAGUUUCCGACGGGCUAGCAGUGGGUAUCAACUACGCCAUAAGCAGGACGUUCCCAGAUGUCACAAAGGAAGGCAAGCCGGAGAUCAAUCUAGUAUUUGAUAUGGGCGCUGGAUCCGCGUCUGCCACUAUCAUCAAGUUCCAAGGCAGGACGGUAAAGGAUGUGGGUAGACUGAACAAGACUGUUCAGGAGGUGCAGGUUCUUGGAGUCGGAUGGGACAGGACUCUUGGCGGUGAUGCGCUCAAUUCGCUCAUCGUUGACGAUAUGGUUUCCUCUUUCAUUGAACUCCCGGCCGCGAAGAGCGCAUCAAUCACUGCCGAAAAGGUCAAGACCCAUGGACGGACGGCGGCAAAGCUAUUCAAAGAAGCCGAAAGGAUCCGCCAGGUGCUCAGCGCCAACACUAAGACAUCUGGAUUCUUUGAGAGCUUCUUUGAGGAUGUAGACUUCCGAUAUACGCUCUCUCGCUCAAAGUACGAGGAACUCGCUGCUGCACAUGCCGCCCGGGUUGAUGGUCCCAUCAAGCAGUCCUUGGAGGCAGCAGGUCUUACCUUUGCGGACAUCGACUCUGUGAUUGUUCACGGCGGCGCCACCCGUACUCCCUUCGUACAAAGUCGCCUUGAAUCGAUCGUAGGCAAGGGCAAAAUCAGGGCUAACGUUAACUCUGACGAGGCUGCCGUAUUCGGCGCUGCCUUCAAAGCCGCCAGUCUCAGCCCGUCUUUCCGUGUCAAGGAGAUUCGCGACUCGGACACCCAAGGCUACAACCAGGGCAUUCAGUAUCAGUUCAACCUCAAAGAUCGCGACCAGAAGAUUUUCACUCCUGCCACUAAGCUUGGGGCGACCAAAGAUUUGCCUUUCCAGAUGAAGGGCGAAUUUGAGUUCACAGUCUACCAGGCUAUCCCCAAGGUCAACGGAGAUGUCUCAAAGGAGGCCGUCCUUAACUUCAAGAGCGGUAACUUGACUAGAGUUGUCACAAAAAUGAUCGAAGAGGAUAAGUGCGAUCGUGACACCUUCAACAACUACGUUCAGGUCAGGUUGAGCCCCAUCACUGGUACACCCGAAGUUCUCUCUGCUUGGGUAACAUGCGAAGGGGAGACAGAAGUAGCCAAGGGUGGCAUUGUCGAUGGAGUUAAGAACCUUUUCGGUAUGGGUGGCAAAAAAGAUCAGGAAGCGUUGAAGGAGGGUGACAGCUCUUCGGGAACCGCUUCAGCUUCCUCAGCUUCUUCCUCGUCAUCUGCAGCAAAUGCAGAGACUACUGAUACCGCAAAGACGAGCGAGAAAAAGAAAACGACUAUCAGGUCUGCCAUCACGUAUGAUGUGAAGCAGUUGGGCUACGAGAAGCAUCCACGCAAGGAGUUGAAGAAGAUGCAGGACAGGCUUGCCGCUUUCGAUUCCUCUGAUAAGUCUCGUCGCCUUCGUGAGGAGGUCUUGAACUCUCUCGAAGCCUUCACUUACCGGUCUCGCGAUUACCUUGAGGACGAGUCCUUCAUCGGAGCCUCUACAUCAGCUGUUCGUUCAACGAUAGAAAAAGCGCUUAGCGCUGCAUCGGACUGGAUCUACUCCGAGGGCACUGAUGCCACCGAGAAGGUCCUAAAGGCUAAGCUCAAGGAGCUCGAAGACAUCGUCAACCCCGUUCUCAAACGCAAGGACGAGUCAGCAAAGCGCCCCGAUGCCAUUAAAGAACUUAAGGACACCAUCGCUCACCUGAAAGAAGUCGAGCAGCUGGUCGAUGGUCAAAUCAAGACUCAGUCGGCCGAAAGCUCAAAGAGCAGCGAGGCCGUAUCCAAAGCUUCCGCCGCAUCCUCGGCAUCUCCCUCCGCAGACCCCAUGGACGACCUUGAGGACGCAGACCCAUCUGCCUCCGCACCCUUGGAUCCCGAAAUUACUGAAGUCCCAACUAUCUAUACCGACUCUGAUCUCAAGAACAUCCAAGAGCUCGCGUCCAAGGCACAGAAAUGGCUUGACGACAACGAAGCCAAGCAGAAGAAGCUUAAGGAGACAGAGGACCCAGCGUUUUCAGUCAAAGAUAUCGAGGCAGAGAAGAAGCGCAUGGAUGAUACGAUCAUGGAGAUGAUGACAAAGAAGAUGAGGCACUUCAAGCCUCCGAACCAGAAGCCCAAGGCCAAGCCUAAAGCAAAGCCGACCAAGAAAGCCUCGAAGAAACCGAAGAAGGCUACUAAAGAAGAAGACAGCCCUUCCGACGAGGAGUUGCAGGAAGCGCUCCGCAAGGCCGGGGUGGACGUCGAUGGCGUCAAGUUGAAGAGCUUUGGGCAUAAGGAUGAGAUUGAGGAUGAGGCGGGGAGGAAGCUCAAGAAGCUCAACAUCAACAAAGACUCUACUGAGGAAGAGAUUCUGGCCGCGAUUGACCAGUUGACCAAGGAGGGGGGACAGAAGGAUGGGAAGCACGAUGAGCUCUAA